UAUGUUAAUCGCUAUGAUGGCUAAUACGUAUCAAGUUGUCUCCGAAACCCAAAAAGAAUGGCUUAGACAGUGGGCCAAAAUUAUUCUUGUAAUUGAACAAACUGUAACAACAUCCGAAAGGAAAAAACAGUUGAUCAAUUAUUCAAGACCAAUGAAAGAUGGACGAAGAGCAUUGGAAAAGGAAAAAGAAGAAAUUCAAGAACAAAAAGAGGAAAUAAAAAACAGACAUAUAUCCAUUGUCCAGAAGAAUUUAUCGGAUAGGCAAGCGAAAGCAUUAUAA